CGGGGCACGCGGCAUGGCGGCGCGCCGGAGGCACGUGUUUGUUGAAAAGGUGCUGCAGAGACUUUUUCCUGACGUUCCAAGUGGCCGAGAGAAGAGGGAGCCGCAAACUCCAGCGGCCCAUAACCCGCCCAGGGACGUGUCCCGUGAGGUCGUGAGAGCCAAGCCUGUGCAGCCUCUGACAGAUGGGGACACCGAGGUCCGGUCUGGGAGGCGGAUCUACACCGUAAGUCUGCCUCCAGAGGGGUACGUUCCCUGCGUGCCAGAGCCAGACAGCUGUACGAACUCUGAGAACAUCUCCAGCAGUGAUGAUUCAGAAGAUCAGGAUCUUCACCAUCAACCAAAAAGAAGAAGAGUUAGAAAGCGUAAGUCAAAGAAAAACCCCAGCAGUGUUCGUGGGGAACGGGCAGAAUUAGAGAAACAGCAGAGUCUCUUGCAAGAAAAAUCACAGCCACCGCAUGCAGAUGGCCCCACAAUAAGCAAAAAUAAGAAAAGGAAACUCAAAAAGAAGCAGCAGAUUAAAAGGAAGAAAGCAGCUGGCUUGGCAACAAAGGCCUCCGGCGUCAGCUUCACGUACCAGCCCGAGGGGAGCGGCAGCGACCUGGACACGGGAGACGCCGACGGGGAGGAAGUUACGGGCACCCUGGAGGGAGGCGUCACUGACUCCAGCGAGGAAGACGUCAAAGUCACCAGUGAAAAGACAGACAGCAUCCUAAAUUUUUUGAAGUCGACACAAGAAAUUUAUUUUUAUGAUGGUGUCUCCAAAGAUCCAGAUGCAGCUGUGUGUGUGGAAACCUCGGAGGAGCUUCUCACCCACCUUGCGAGCCACAGCCUGCCUCCCUCGGACGUGUUCAUCCUGGACCACAUGAAAACGCUGUUGCUGCUGCAGGACACCGAGAGACUGAAGACCGCCCUGGAAGUGUUCCCCGAGCACUGCACGCUGCCUCCCGACCAUGCCAGAGUAAUCUCAGCUUUCUUUAAUUACUGGAUCACAAACAUCCUUCCUGAGAAUAACAGUGAAUAAAAUCAGAUUACCUCUUUAAGAAGAACUAACAUUUAACAAGAGAAUGUGAAAGACCCUACGGAAUGGGCUGAGAGUUAACCCUUACGGACAAAAACGAUUAAAUUCUCACUAUUUCCUGGUAACCCAAAUCCUGUGAACUUUGAAGACGUUUCUGCCGUAUUAUUUAGUUGUGUGUUUGUACAUAAUGCGUACGGCGUCAUCUGAGGCUUUAAAUGAGAAAUUGGGGUAAAAUUCAAACUUUUCACUUAUUUGCAAUUACUUAUGUCUUGAAUUACCAUGUGAAACUUGAUUC